AUGUCUUUGAUAAAUCAAGAUUAUAUCAACACUUUUUCAACAUCUUUGCCCCAUGGUUCCUGUACCUCUCAGAACAUUGGAGUGCGCAAAGAAUGGGAAAUUUUGUCGGAAGAUGAAAAAAAUAACUACCUAAAGGCGGUACAAUGCCUUCAGGCUAAACCUCCCCAAUAUAAUGAUACUAUGGCUUUGAAUAGGUAUGAGGAAUUCAUACUCUCACACAUAGAGCAGACCCUCAAGAUCCACAUCUCGGGUCUGCUUUUACCAUGGCACCGGUACUUUGUUUCGUUAUUUGAGCAAGCACUGCGUAACGAAUGUGGUUAUCAAGGAUAUCAGCCCUAUUGGGAUUGGUCCAAACAUGUCAUUCAGCAAAAUUCAACCAUUUUCAGUGGUUCUGAAAACUCUUAUGGGGGCAACGGAGAGGCUAUUCCACAUGGAGAAUAUAAUAUUACAACAGCAGGCGGGCCACCUCCAGUCACGACAUCCCUCCAACCUCCCGGAACAGGAGGAGGCUGCAUAUUUGGAGGGCCUUUUGCCAACCACAACCUUAGCAUUGAUGCGACUAACGAUGGCGCUUCCACCCCAGUCCAAACUUUCAAGAAGCCUAGAUGCCUGACACGGGAUUUCAACUUAACGACGCUCUCACGGCAGAACUCUUACGAGAGAGUUACGGAACUGAUUUUGAAUAAUGAAAAUAUAAAAUCUUUUCAUGCUCAGAUCGAAGAUGUAAAUGGAGUCCAUUUUGGUGGACAUGCCUUUAUUGGUGGAGAGAACUUCAACUUGUUUACUUCCCCAUCAGAUCCCGCGUUUUAUCUUCAUCAUGGAAUGCUAGAUCGGGUUUGGGCAAUCUGGCAAAGUCGGGACCCGAAGACCAGAACCUAUGCUGUAGAUGGAACAUCGACCUGGGCUAAUUAUCCCCCAAGUGCGAAUGUUACCAUUGAUGACAUCCUAGAAGUCAGUUCAUUUGACUCAAUGAAGAUUAAAGAUGUCUCGUCCACUAUUGACGGAAUUCUCUGCUACCGCUAUCAGUAA